CUUCCUUCUCACCCUGCUUCCUUAUCCGUUUUCUUCUUUCACAAAAUUUGGCUGGGUUCGUGUUCUACUUCUACCUACUGGUUUGUAUCCAAUAAAAAACUAGCUAGGGGAAGUCGGGGGUGGGUUUGGGCGUGGUCGUAGCAAACUUUGCUGUCUUGCUCAGUACAUCAGUUUUAAAAAUUGAUUGAAUUUGUUGCUCGGAUUCUGGUCUCGACUCAUCCCCGCUCGUUGCCAAUUGGGCUGUGUCUCCAGUCUCCGUCCCAUCUCCACCAUCUCAUCAUUAAUCAUCCCUACCUGUAUCGAGUAACAUGGCUGCCGCGUCACCUCCGGCGGAGGCUGCAGUGGAAGAAGAAUCUUUGCUCUCACAGCCUCUGCUACAACAACACGAAGAACAGCAUCAUACCCUUCGCAGAUCAGCUUCCAAUACCACUUCGCAACUUGCCAUCGUCGGCUCUAAUCUCUGCGCUAUCGAAAGCCUUGACUACGAGAUUAUGGAGAAUGCCCUUUUCAAGCAAGAUUGGAGGAGUAAUCGGAAGAUACAGAUUUUCCAGUACAUAUUCAUGAAAUGGACUUUCUGUUUCCUUAUUGGACUUCUUGUCAGUCUUGUGGGCUUCUUCAACAACCUUGCAGUUGAAAACAUUGCAGGUUUGAAGUUUGUUGUCACCUCCAACAUGAUGUUGGCGAGAAGGUUUGUGGCAGCUUUUGCUAUCUUUUCAUCAUCAAAUUUUGCGUUGACUUUUGCAAGUUUGAUUACGGCUUUUAUAGCCCCGGAAUGUGCUGGUUCAGGUAUACCAGAGGUUAAGGCUUACUUGAAUGGCGUAGAUGCACCAGCAAUAUUUUCGUUAAGAACUUUGCUUGUCAAGAUUAUUGGUAGCAUAUCUGCCGUGUCAUCCUCUCUUAAUGUUGGCAAGGCAGGACCAAUGGUCCAUACUGGUGCAUGCAUUGCUGCAAUUUUGGGCCAGGGCGGGUCAAAAAAGUAUGGUUUAACUUGGAAAUGGCUGCGGUUUUUUAAAAAUGAUCGAGACCGGAGAGAUCUGGUAACUUGUGGAUCAGCUGCUGGGAUUGCUGCUGCUUUUCGUGCUCCUGUUGGUGGUGUUUUAUUUGCUCUCGAAGAAAUGGCAUCUUGGUGGAGAAGUGCUCUUCUGUGGAGAGCUUUCUUCACAGCUGCUAUUGUUGCGAUUGUCCUUCGUGCUUUGAUUGAUGUUUGUUUGAGAGGAAAAUGUGGACUAUUUGGUAAAGGGGGGCUAAUCAUGUAUGAUGUGACCUCAGCUGAUAUUCCCUAUCACCUAUGGGAUGUGCCUCCAGUAAUACUUCUUGGAGUUGUAGGGGGCAUAUUGGGAAGUUUGUACAAUAGUUUACUUGAAAAGGUUCUCCGAAUCUACAAUCUGAUUAAUGAGAAAGGCACUUUUUUCAAGAUAAUUCUUGCUUGCUGUAUAUCCAUAUGCACAUCCUGUCUUCUAUUUGGAUUACCAUGGAUUGCAUCUUGCCGUCCUUGUCCGCUUGAUCCUUCAGAGCCUUGUCCAACAAUUGGCCGGUCUGGGAAUUAUAAGAAAUUUCAGUGUGCCCCUGGUCACUACAAUGAUUUAGCCAGCCUCUUUUUCAAUACAAAUGAUGAUGCAAUCAAAAACCUUUUCAGCAAGAAUACUGAUGCUGAGUUCCAGCACUCUUCAAUGCUAAUCUUCUUCGUCACCUGUUUUUUCCUGAGCAUCUUUAGUUAUGGCAUUGUCGCACCUACAGGUCUCUUUGUACCUGUUAUUGUUACUGGUGCGUCUUAUGGACGGCUUGUAGGAAUGCUAAUUGGUUCACGCUCAACUCUCAACCAUGGCCUUUUUGCUGUCCUAGGUUCUGCUUCUCUUCUUGGUGGAUCUAUGAGGAUGACUGUUUCUUUGUGUGUUAUUAUCUUGGAACUUACAAACAAUCUAUUAUUGCUGCCCCUAAUAAUGCUGGUUCUUCUUAUUUCCAAGACUGUAGCUGAUGCAUUUAAUGGAAAUAUAUACGAUCUGAUUAUGAGGUCAAAGGGUUUUCCUUACUUAGAAGCUCAUGCUGAACCGUACAUGAGGCAACUGACAGUUAGGGAUGUGGUCACCGGCCCACUUCGGCUUUUCCAAGGCAUUGAGAAGGUUGCUAAUAUAGUUCAUGUCCUCAAGACAACUGGGCAUAAUGGGUUUCCGGUGGUGGAUGAGCCCCCAUUUUCUGAAGCCCCAGUUUUGGUUGGUCUUAUCCUCCGUGCCCAUCUCAUCACAUUGCUGAAGAAGAAAGCUUUUUUGCAUAGUCCAAUGCCUAAUUUCUCUGAUGCCUUUAAAGGGUUCAUGGCAGAUGAUUUUGCAAAGAAGGGUUUGGGAAAUGGAGACAGGAUUGAAGAUAUAGAUUUGUCAGAUGAAGAGAUGAAUAUGUUCGUAGAUUUGCAUCCUUUUAUUAACACUUCACCAUAUUCUGUGGUAGAGACGAUGUCCUUGGCAAAGGCUCUUAUACUUUUCCGGGAAGUCGGUUUGAGGCAUGUGCUGGUUGUUCCAAAAAUACCUGGAGGAGUGCCAGUUGUGGGGAUAUUGACCAGGCAUGAUUUCAUGCCAGAACACGUACUGAAUGUGCAUCCCUUGUCGUUGAGGAGCAGGUGGAGAAGAUUGAGAUUUCAGUGGCCGAGUUGGAGUAAAAUUUUUUAGCGACUUUUUACCAAAGCACUGCUACGAGGCAGCCCUUGUGGCUGUACUGGCUCUGGAAAGGUAAUAUGACAUAUUAUUUUUCUAAGACUUCCUUUUGAUGUAGAGAAUUCAUAGGGAUCAUCUAAAAGAUGGUCCAUGGCAAAUCUUGCUGCCGCCAGACCUGUUGAGUUAUGGUCUGGUUGAUAUGCUAUUAUUUCACCCGUUUAGAUGGAAGCGUAUAAGCAGAAGCAGAGGGUGAGAAGGAUGACGUAUAUGAGAUACAAGUAAAGAGCCAAUUCAUCAAAGAGGGUGAGAAAAAACAGUCACCGGAUUGCUUGGCAAUGACGGUGGUUUUGACAAUGUGGCAUGCCGAUUCACAUUUUCACGUUCUGUUCUCGUUGCUUCAUCGCAGUUAUUGUUUAUAAUAACAGCUAGCUCUGAAGGCUGCUAUUAUAAGAUGUAUCUGUGGAUUAGGAUCUCUACUUGUCUAAACUAGAAGAUCUCAAGCUAAUCUGGGAGCCACCAUGUGUCCCUCCCGUCUUAAAUUUAGACAUAGCAUGGCUGAAUUUUAAAACUAGUUUCCUUUGGAAAUUUGUUGAUCAGUAAGGCCCCUGAAUAGCAUCCUCUGGGCCUUAAGUUUUCCUAAUAAUUCUAGUUAUGACUCUCUUUCG